GUGGCCAGCAGUGCGGCUGUAGUCCAGUGGCGAACGUUUCGCGGGUGCUCGCCGACCUCGUGGGUCUGGGCGAGUUCGGCGCCAGGGCCAGCGGCACAGGCGGUAUGGAGCGGCUGGCGUUUAGCCCGGAGGACCUCGCGGCCCGGCGGUGGCUCGCGGAGAAGAUGUCGGAGGAGGCGGGCCUGGUCGUGCGCACGGACGGCCUUGGAAGCACAAUCGGCUCCUCGGCCAGCACUGGCGGCGGUGCUGGUGCAGCGGCGCUGCUCCUCGGCUCGCACUCGGACGUCCCCGCGCACGGCCGCUGGCUCGACGGCGCUCUGGGAGUCGUCUACGCACUCGAGGCGGCCAGGGCCCUGCGCGAGGCGGGAUGCCCCGGCCUCUGGGCGGUGGUCGACUGGAGCGGUGGCUCGGGUCGGAGUCAGCCCAGCCAGCUGCUGGGGAGCGCGGUCUUCGCUGGCCUCCUCGAGGUGGAGGGCCUCCCAGAGCUCGACGAGCUGCGCGCGCAGCGGGGCCUCCUGGGGAGGCCCGUGUUCCGCGCGGGGGACGAGGGCGUGGGCCCCUUCUGGGGCUACUUCGAGGCGCACUACGAGCUGAUCUUCUCUGGGAGGCACGAUCGCGUGGGCUCCACGCCGAUGGCGCUCAGGAAAGACGCCGGGAUCGGGGCGAUGAGGUUUGCUAUGGCGCUCGACAUCAGACUUCUGAACCUGUGCCGCGAGCAAGCCACGGCGGUGUGGACGUUUGGGCAUGUCCGGCUGGACCCAAACGAGGCCGGCACCGUCCCAGGCGGUGCGAGCCUCACAGUGGAGAUCCGCGACGUCGACAGUGAAUUCAUGGAGCUGAUGGACGACGCAGUCAGGGAUGUUGUCGUGAAGGUGAACGGCGAGAGGGGCGUGUUCGUCAGGCUGGGCUCGCGCACGGUGCUGCCCGUAGCUGAGCUGAGCGGCGGGCUCAGGGAGACCUUGGAGGGCACCCUGGAGGGCCGAGUGCCCAGCAACUGGACGGGUCUCCCUGCGGGCGUGGUCCACGACGCCUCCAUGCUGUCUACGGCCAUGCCCACGGCCCUGCUGCUCCUUCGUGACCACCGUGUUGAAGACACGGAGGCUCCGGAGGGUGCGCCGUUGGCGGCCGCCGCUAGCAUCCGAAAUCUCGAGCCGUUCAAGCGUGAGCAGCGGAGGCUGCCGAUGCAGGGCGACGCUCUGGCCGCGGCGCUGGUUGGCGAGUGCGUGGCGGCCUUGCAGGAACAUGAUCCGACGUCACUGGACGUCUAG